AUGGUCAUGCUGCACGCGCGGUCCCUGGAGGCGUUCAGCCGCUUUGUGGCUCUGCAGGAGGACCUGUUGGUGCCCCUGGUGCAGGCCAGCUUCGAGUGCCUGCAGGUUAUCCCCAUCGAGCAGAACGGGCAGCUCCCGCCGCCGGCCAAGGUGUCCCAGCAGUGGAAGGAGGAGGCAGUCGCGCGCACCGCAAUGGCUAAGGUGCUGCUCAACUGCGCGAAGGAGGCGCCGGCCGCGUUCCUGCCGCACCUGCAGCCGCUGGUGGCGCGCGUGCAACAACUCUGGGACCAGGGCGUCCUGCGCCAGGGGGAGAAGGUGUCACUGUACGAAGGCCUCAUGGCCGCCGCCACCAGCGGCGGCCCAGAGCUCCAGGGGCAGCUGCUCGAGUGGCUGCUGCGCCCGGUGCACGCGAAGUGGAGCCGGCCCGAGUGGCGGGCGUCGCUGGAGGGGCCUGCGGCGUUCGCGCGGGAGUACAUGAGCUUUGAGGUGGCGCCUGGCGGCGGGGUCGUGGUGGAGAGCAGGUGGGGGAGGCGUGUUGCAUGA